UGAGGCAGAAAGUGCAGGGCGGAAAGAGGAGCCCCAGCACCUCAGAGCUGUCGGGCAGUGGCCAGGAAGCAAAGCACAGGAGCGCUGUGGUGCCAGCGGCCGGGCUAGGGAUGACUGGCGGGUUUGCGCUGGACCCGACCCCGAGGGCGGUCAGGCGCAAGGGGGCGGGUGCUGCCGUACUCCGGCCGCGGGGCCAGGGCGGGCCGGCCGGCGGGGCAUUUAAACCCCGCUGACAGCCAGUCCAGCCCGGGACACGCGCCCAGCUCCGUAGCCUCCUGCGUCGACUCAGCCUUAGGUACCGGUCAGGCAAAAUGCGGUCCUCUCUGGCUCCGGGAGUCUGGUUCUUCCGGGCCUUCUCCAGGGACAGCUGGUUCCGAGGCUUCAUCCUGCUGCUGACCUUCCUAAUUUACACCUGCUAUCACAUGUCCAGGAAGCCUAUCAGUGUCGUCAAGAGCCGUCUGCACCAGAACUGCUCAGAGCAGAUCAAACCCAUCAAUGAUACUCACAGUCUCAAUGACACCAUGUGGUGCAACUGGGCCCCAUUUGACAAGGACAACUACAAGGAGUUACUGGGGGGCGUGGACAACGCCUUCCUUGUCGCCUAUGCCAUCGGCAUGUUCGUCAGUGGGGUUUUUGGGGAGCGGCUUCCGCUCCGUUACUACCUCUCAGCUGGAAUGCUGCUCAGUGGCCUUUUCACCUCGCUCUUUGGCCUGGGAUAUUUCUGGAACAUCCACGAGCUCUGGUACUUUGUGGUCAUCCAGGUCUGUAAUGGACUCGUCCAGACCACAGGCUGGCCCUCUGUGGUGACCUGCGUUGGCAACUGGUUCGGGAAGGGGAAGCGGGGGCUCAUCAUGGGCAUCUGGAAUUCCCACACAUCUGUGGGCAACAUCCUGGGCUCCCUGAUUGCCGGCAUCUGGGUGAAUGGGCAGUGGGGCCUGUCGUUCAUUGUGCCUGGCAUCAUUACUGCCAUCAUGGGCAUUGUCACCUUCCUAUUCCUCAUCGAACACCCAGAAGAUGUGGACUGCGCCCCUCCUCAGCACCACGGUGAGCCAGCUGAGAACCAGGACAACCCUGAGGACCCUGGGAAUAGUCCCUGCUCUAUCAGGGAGAGCGGCCUUGAGACUGUGGCCAAAUGCUCCAAGGGGCCAUGCGAAGAGCCUGCUGCCAUCAGCUUCUUUGGGGCACUCCGGAUCCCAGGCGUGGUCGAGUUCUCUCUGUGUCUGCUGUUUGCCAAGCUGGUCAGUUACACCUUCCUCUACUGGCUGCCCCUCUACAUCGCCAAUGUGGCUCACUUUAGUGCCAAGGAGGCUGGGGACCUGUCUACACUCUUUGAUGUCGGUGGCAUCAUAGGCGGCAUCAUGGCAGGGCUCAUCUCUGACUACACCAAUGGGAGGGCCACCACUUGCUGCGUCAUGCUCAUCUUGGCUGCCCCCAUGAUGUUCCUGUACAACUACAUUGGCCAGGAUGGGAUUACCAGCUCCAUAGUGAUGCUGAUCAUCUGCGGGGGCCUGGUCAAUGGCCCAUAUGCGCUCAUCACCACUGCUGUCUCUGCUGACCUGGGGACUCACAAGAGCCUGAAGGGCAAUGCCAAAGCCCUGUCCACGGUCACGGCCAUCAUUGACGGCACCGGCUCCGUAGGUGCGGCUCUGGGGCCUCUGCUGGCUGGGCUUAUCUCUCCCACGGGCUGGAACAAUGUCUUCUACAUGCUCAUCUCUGCUGAUGUCCUAGCCUGCUUGCUCCUUUGCCGGUUAGUGUACAAAGAGAUCUUGGCCUGGAAGGUGUCCCUGAGCAGAGGCAGCGGUUAUAAAGAAAUAUGAGGCCCCAAUUGGAACAGCAUCAUGGAAGGUGCCAGUUGGGUCCCCAACAUGCUCCCCAUGGGCAAGACAAUGGAAACUUCCACAAGUAGGGGAGGCAAACCCUCUUUAUUGAACAUCAGCCAGCCCAGCCCAGACCCAGGGCUGCCUAAGGACACAGAGAUUCUCCAUGGGAAGGGGACUGCCAAGCAUGAGGAAAUAGAAGAUUCAGGGGCCUGUGCUCUGGAAGCUGCAAGCAAAAGGGAUGGGACUGGGGCUGAGUUGUGUCUCCAUUUUGAUAAGGGAAGGAUAUGCUCAGACUCCUGCUUGUUCAGAUUCCAAGACAGAAGGUUUCACAAGGCCAAGGCCUGGAAAAUGUGCGUCUCUCCUUCCCAUGUUAAAUUUUAAUCUCUGUAAUCUGCCUAUAUCUAUAGGUGGGCAUCUCACUCCGUCAACGGAGCCCAGCCUCUCUUUGUCCCUCUGUCCAUGAAACAGUCUUCUCUGUGCAUUUCCCCAAGCUGGGCCCUCUUCUACCCUCCAUUUAGGCCUGUUGAUAACUCCAUUACCCAUCCAUCACUGCUGUUCCUCCAGGGCCAGCACUCGGGCGAGGCAGGGGAGCUGCCUUCGGUACAUAAUUUGAGGGGGCACUCCCUCUUGGGCACAUGCCGGCCCUGAGUGCCUCCCUUGCCUCACUCUGAUCCCGGCCCCAUAAUGUCCUCAGUGGAAGGUGACUGGGGGCCAGUGCUGUGGGGAGAGUAGAAAGAGGAGUUGGCAUGACUAAAAAUACCAGUAUGUGUAUUAAGUAUUUUGAGAAUGAAAUGCCAAGGAGUGCCUACUGUAUGCCAGCUCUGCUCUAGGAAUGGAGUAGACAAUGGACACAAGAAGGACUUAUGCCCUGAACACAGGUGCCAACGGUGACAAGACUGGCAAGACGUGAGGGCAUGAAUGGUUCAUUCAGGCAGCUGCUGCAGGUGUGGUCACCUGGUGCCAUCUGCCGCUCCCUUUUCCACUUUUCUAUGUCCUCCUUCCACCCCAAGUCCCAGAUCACUCGCUAUCUUCUGGCUAGCUCUUGGCAUCUCCAUCUGAGCCUAAAGUUGCCCACUGGCACCAAUAGAUUCCCUUUGACCUGC